AAUGAGCAAAGCAAACACCAGAAACCGCGGGGAGCCCUGUCCUUGGCUGGAGCCAUCGUGUCCCUGAGUGACGAAGCUCCCCACAUGUUAGUCGUGUACUCUGCCAACGGAGAGAUGUAUAAACUGAGAGCUGCCGACGCAAAAGAGAAGCAGUUUUGGGUGACUCAGCUCCGAGCUUGUGCCAAGUACCACAUGGAAACGCAUUCUAAGAGUGCUCCAAGCUCCCGAAGCCGAAGUCUCACUUUGCUCCCCCAUGGAACACCCAAUUCUGCAUCUCCAUGUAGCCCAAGACACCUCAUUGCGGGGGCCCCCGGUGUUGUCACAGUCACGCAUCACAAGUCGCCUGCAGCCGCCCGAAGAGCCAAGAGUCAGUAUCCUGGACAGCUUCACGAAGUCAGAGAGAUGAUGAGCCAGGUAGAAGGACAGCAGAAGAACCUCGUGCAUGCCAUCGAGUCCCUCCCGGGUUCUGGCCCCCUCACUGCCUUGGACCAGGAUCUGCUGCUCCUGAAAGCUACCUCUGCUGCGACCCUCAGCUGCCUUGGCGAGUGCCUCAGCUUGUUACAGCAGAGUGUACAGCAGUUGGGCCAGCACAGCCACAAGCCAGGGGCCUCAGAAAACAUCCUGGGAUGGCACGGGCCCAAGUCACAUUCCACAGAGCAGCUGAAAAAUGGGACCCUUGGCUCUUUGCCAUCAGCCAGUGCCAACAUAACCUGGGCAAUUUUACCAGACUCCACUGAAGACCAUCAGUCCUUACAGCCAGAGCCGGAGCCAAACUCAGGCCCUGAACUGGUUUUGUCCGAAGAUGAAAAAAGCGACACUGAAGAUAAGGAAGAGACAGAACUGGGUGUCAUGGAGGAUCAGCGAAGUAUAAUUCUUCAUCUCAUUUCACAACUCAAACUUGGAAUGGAUUUGACCAAGGUGGUGCUUCCCACAUUUAUUCUGGAGAAGCGGUCCUUGCUGGAGAUGUACGCAGAUUUUAUGGCACAUCCAGACCUGCUGCUGGCUGUAAGUGCUGGAGCCACGCCCGAGGAGAGAGUCAUUUGCUUCGUGGAGUAUUAUCUCACAGCCUUCCAUGAGGGCCGCAAGGGGGCCUUGGCCAAGAAGCCCUAUAACCCCAUCAUCGGUGAGACAUUUCACUGCUCCUGGGAAAUCCCCAAGGACAAGGUCAAGCCAAGGAGGACUGCUCCCCCCUCUCUGGCUGGCUGUCAUGACAGCGCAGUGGCCGAUGACCCUUCAAAAAGCUACAAACUGAGGUUUGUGGCCGAACAAGUGUCCCACCACCCACCCAUCUCCUGCUUCUACUGUGAGUGCAAGGAGAAGAGGCUAUGCGUCAAUACUCACGUGUGGACCAAAAGCAAGUUCAUGGGCAUGUCCGUGGGGGUCUCCAUGAUAGGGGAAGGUGUGCUGAGGCUCCUGGACCUUGGGGAGGAGUACGUGUUCACCCUGCCCAGUGCCUACGCACGUUCCAUUCUCACCAUCCCGUGGGUGGAGCUCGGAGGAAAAGUCAGCAUCAACUGCGCCAAGACUGGGUACUCGGCGACGGUGAUUUUCCACACGAAGCCUUUCUAUGGAGGGAAGGUCCACAGGGUCACAGCAGAAGUGAAGCACAAUCCAACCAACACCAUUGUCUGUAAAGCCCACGGGGAAUGGAAUGGUACCUUAGAGUUUACCUACAGCAACGGAGAGACCAAAGUCAUCGACACGACCACAUUGCCCGUGUACCCUAAGAAGAUCAGACCUCUUGAGAAGCAGGGACCCAUGGAGUCCAGGAACCUCUGGCGGGAGGUGACCCACUACCUGCGUUUGGGGGACAUCGAUGCAGCCACCGAGCAGAAGCGGCGCCUGGAGGAGAAGCAGCGGGUGGAGGAACGGAAGCGGGAGAACCUCUGCACGCCAUGGCAGCCCAGAUACUUUGUCCAGGAGGGUGAUGGCUGGGUCUAUAUCAAUCCCCUCUGGAAGGCCCACUGAUGUGGAGAUGCAGAGCUUCCCGAAGCAGCCCUGUGUUUGUAGGAAUUAAAGUGGUACAGUAUCAAGUCUCUGCUGAUAUUCACUGAAGCCUCUUGCUGUCAUCCAAGAAAUGGUAACCAAGAGGGGAAUUAUAUACUGUGAAAUACGCACCCCCAAAACUCUGCCACGGGAUCGAACUUAUUCAGGAGCCAUUUCGGGCAUGUGUGUGGGCUUCUAGCACACUGUAUAUGUUCACACGCACGCACUAUUUACACGUCUGCUGGGUAUUUUAUAUGUGUAAAUACUGUGCCCCCAAGGUCUAAGAGGGUAACUAUGUGCUCCUUUUUACCAGUGAGGUUUUCUACUUUUCACUCACAAAGACAAAGCUAUUCUCACCCAGUCAACUCCUGGCAAAAGAAAGGUGAGUUGGCAUGGCUGACAUUUCAGAAUUGUUGAUUCUCACUUCCUCCCCACCCCACCUCAACAUUUUGUCUGUCUUCACCUGAGAAAGAUAAACUGCUGCUAUUUCUUGCUGGAUCGGGGGUGAGCAGAAACUUGAAGGUUUAGGCCAGAGUCUUCCAGGCUGGAAUGGAACAGCUCUGGGAGAACCUACAGCCAGGUGCCACCCUGGAAUUUUCUUCCCCGUCUACUUGCCCUGGAACCUUUCUGACAAUUUCUCUCACUCUCAAAGCACGAGUCACGCACCUUUCAGAGCUGCUGCUUUGUUAGCAGAGAAUAAAUCAUAUGGCGCCUUCAUUACUUUUGUGUUUUUAAAAAAGGGCUUUAGAAGUUGAAUAUACACACACGUAUGUACCUGCAAACACGCACCACAGCCGCAAUCUUGUAUUUAGUUUGGGGAAAGAGAAAAUUUCCUGUGGAUUUUUUCUUUUAAAUGCACCUCUCUGGUUUGACCCAAACUCUGCAAGAAAACCACUGUGAUUAAGAUACACAUAAGCCUGUGUAAGUGUCCCAUGGGUUCAGUUCCCAUUCUCAGCCUUUACAAAUGAGGUCAAAGAAAUGACUAAAAUACAAGGAAAAAUGGAAGUAUUUGAUUUUUGCUCAAUGCUUAAUUUAUUUUUUACUGUACCAUUCCAAUGAUAUUUAUAAAAUUCAGUAGCAUGAAUGCCUCUCCGUAGUAAUAACUGAUUUUGUGCCUUUUGUCUGCUUUCUUAAGACCAAUUGUUCACACUUUGUAGAUAUUAGACAAAUAUAUUUCGAUUAAAUACUUAUCUGUGUGUCUAUGUUUUUUCAGGAAUUCUUAAAAAUCCACCAAAUAUCCAUGAAGUGUAUUUUCUGUCAAGUUAAUAAGAAUA